AUGCGUAAAGAUGACUUGUAUGAAGAGCCUGGCCCUUCGCAUCAAAGGUUUUGUAGCCCAUCUUCGAACUGUACUUCGGCUUUGAGCGACUCUAUCGAGAGAAUAGUGGCGGCAAUGGAGCGCAUGUUUGACAGCGAUGACUCUGAUAAAGAUCCAACUUAUAACCCGGAUCUAUGCUUUUUAAUACAACUAGAGGAUUUAUUUGGAGAACAAUGGGCGAAUAACAAGGUCAAGAACUUAGAAAAUGUGAAAUUCUAUGGAGACGAUCAUGACGAUGAAUUUUAA